GCAUUGACAUGCUGUGAGAGUUCGGACAUAGUACCGUGCAGUAACAGCUUGGUUUGUAUAUUUGCCAAAUUUUAGUGAUCGAUCGUUUGCUUCUGUUCCCAAACUGUAUCACUCGAUAAAGUAAAAAAAAAAAAAAAAAAGACAGAAAGAAUAGCAAACAAAUACACAGCUUGUCAGUUAACCAGCUACGUGUUCUAGUCUAUAUAGAAUGAAACAAACUAGCCAGACGAAAUGUUUUCCGUGUUUGAGCACAGCGGAUAUAAAGAAAAUAAAAUCACAAACCAAGUCAUUUAACGUCGAACGAGUGCGAGUAUUACGGACAAGUGGCGAUAGCUAAACCAUAUGAGACAUCUCAUUUAUGACCGGCCGCUAAAUGAUCAGUCUCUUCGUUAGUAUUUCACUGGCUAAAUUGUCUGCGUGGGUAUUGUACUGUGAUGGUCACAUAAGAACACGGUCGUCGGGGAAUAGUGUAUGGGCAGGUGACCACAACAUCACAACAAGUCUUGCAGCUACGUUUUGCUACCACACGGCGUCUCCGAGGCCAUGCAUAUAACAUGAAGCCUGGACAUUUUUUUUAUUACGUUAAUAUCUAAGUAGAUUGCUAGCGAUGAUCCAGUCGCUGGGCAGGGCGGUGUUUUAGGAAAUCGAAACUGAAUUCACAAACCAUUUCACCGUGUGAUCUCCAGCGCAGCUACGUCUGUUAGAGCUAUUGUAGAGGGGAAAGAGAUAGCAGUUUUCAGUUAUACAAUGAAUCGAGACUCGUUAGUUUGUGGGUUUUGUCAUAGUUCCGAAGAGUCAAAAAUCAUUGGGCCACUUCUAAAGAAAGACAACGUGGUGGCGCAUGAAAAUUGCCUGUAUUAUUCAUCGAAUCUCGUCAACCCAGAUACGCCUGAUGGUGAUGAUCUGCUCGGUUUUGCUUUGGAUGAUGUCCGAGAGGAGAUAAGGAGGGGAAGGAGACUGAAAUGUCCCAAAUGCAAAAAAUUGGGUGCCACUGUCGGGUGUGAGAAGGGCAUAUGCAAAAGGAGUUACCAUUUCCUGUGCGCUCUGGAGGACCAUGCUGAGAAGGUGGAAGAUGUCAACAAAGGCAUUUUCAAGAUAUAUUGUGUCAAACACAAGCAAGCAGACGUGAAUGAGAGGCAUUCCACGGCUGGAUCCUUGACAGGCAGUGAUGACAAGAAUGAGAGUGAGGACAGCAAUGUUGGAGUGAAGAGAAAAAGACCUGGUCCAUCACCAAGGUUUGAUGCCAAAAGAAGCAAAAGCAAGCACCAGUGCAGCAGGAGGAUAGAGGACGAUGAGUCUUCCUCAGCCUCAGGUGGAGUCCAGAACAUGUUUGAUUUUGACCUGGGUCCUCUGGAGUCAGACCUGGAGGGCAGCAUAGACUCAGGGCCAAAUAUGACAGCUGACCUUGAGAAUCAAAGACCCUGUGAGGAUGAGCCGCACCCUUCAACCUCAGGAACCCAGAUACUACCUCAGAGUGGAGACGGAACCGGAGAUGACACAGACAUUGGCUCGGACCAUGGAUCUUCAAGUCUCCUGCUCCCAAUCAGGAUUGAACGUGUGGAGUCCAUCCCCCCAGAAACCUCAGAUGCCAUAGCUGGCUGUGGUUCCCCUGAGCCCCCCGGUCCAGCUGCCCUCUUCUGGAGGAAGUGUCAUGAAGCGGGCUGUGUGGAGCACAUCUUCUCAUCGUUCAUUUCGGCCAUGAUCAGCAUUUCAGAGAGGAUCGUGUCAGAGCAGGCCAGCGAGGAAGACUUUGCUCUAUCUCUGAAAGUGUUGGAGGCCUCAGGAAUGCUGCCACAAAUAUUUCAGCAGAAAGAAAAUGAAUUUGAGGAGAGGUUGCGCAACCUCCAGAAGGAGAGUGAGGAUUUGAAGAAGUCCAGGUCAGCAAUGAAGAGUGCCAGUAAAAUGAAGUGCAUUUCCUGAGGAGAACUCCAGAACCCCCCAGAGGCAGAUCCAAAGGCAACCCCAGGACUCCGGCCAAAGAGGCUUCCUAGCCCUGGUCCUGAAGUGCCACAGAUGUUUCCAGUUCCUGUUUCACUCUAAUUCAGACAAGCACUCAUUUAGCAAACUUUUCAGUUAAGUAAUACAUUGUCUUAGCACACCCAUCGUAUCCAAUCCAGAGCAAGCUGUGUAGUCUACUUCAUCCAUUUAUAUAGCUAGAUAUUAACCAAAGGAAUUCAGGGUAAGCAGCCUGCCCAAGAGUACAACAGCCUCGUCCCACUGGGGAAUUUAACUGGCAACCUUUGGGUCAUGAGCCCUGUUCAUUACCACUGUGUCAGUCAUCUGCUUGAGUACUCAGGUUGACAAGGGCUCACCCUUUUUUUUUUUUUAGAAUAUGCUACU